AUCAGGAAACACGCUUUCAAAAAUAUAAAUUCAGGAACGAGACUUGAUAAUGAUUGCAACAGGUAUAAUACCUACGGUAACCCUAUUUCAUUGGGACGUUCCUCAAGCAUUGGAAGAUGAAUAUCAAGGAUUUCUCAGCCCUCUAAUUGUGGAUGACUUUAGGGAUUACGCAGAUCUUUGCUUUAGAGAAUUUGGAGAGAAGGUGAAGCUGUUUACAAGCAUUAACGAGCCAUGGACUUUCGCAUCCAAGGGCUAUGACUCCGGCGAUUUCGCCCCCGGCCGCUGCUCGCCGUUCAUGAACUCCGCCAUCGGAUGCCUUGGCGGCGACUCUGCCACCGAACCAUACAUUGUUGCCCAUCACAUCCUUCUUGCCCAUGCUGCCGCCGCAAGGCUUUACAAGCAGAAAUAUCAAGCAAUACAAAAGGGGGAAAUAGGAAUUGUGUUGGUGUCUCAUUGGUUUGAGCCAUAUUCCUCUACCCAAGAAGACAAAAAAGCGGCUCAACAAGCUAUUGAUUUCAUGUUAGGAUGGGCAUUGCAUCCAUUAACCUAUGGCGAUUAUCCAAAGAGCAUGAGGAGUCUAGUUGGAGAGAGAUUACCAAAGUUCACUCCCGACCAAUCAGAGAUGGUCAAAGGAUCUUUUGACUUUCUCGGACUCAAUUACUACACGGCCAGAUAUGCUUCUUACAUUUCCUCUCCUAACAAAGUCAAUAUCAGCUACACCUUUGAUUCUCAAGCCAACCUCACGUCAAAGAAGGAUGGGCAGCUCAUUGGUGAAGCGACGGGCUCAGUAGAAUUUUUUGUUGUUCCAAGUGGACUUAAAAAGCUGCUUCUUUACACAAAACAGAACUACAAAAAUCCUACCAUUUAUAUUACCGAGUGUGGGAUGUCAAGCUUGCAUGUCACUUCAGCCGUUCAGGAAGGAGUUAAUGACAUUCAAAGGGUUAAGUUUUACCGUAGCCACAUUUCCGCCCUCAAAGACGCAAUGGAGUUGGGUGGGAAUGUCAAAGGCUUCUUUGCAUGGUCAUUUUUUGAUAAUUAUGAAUGGAGCUCAGGGUACACAAGCAGAUUUGGUCUUAACUUUAUAGAUUACAAAAACGGCCUAAAAAGAUAUCCCAAAAAAUCUGCUAUAUGGAUGAAGAAGUUCCUUCAGAAAAAUUAAUUAAUUGAAUACACAAAUAUAUAAUUUUUAUAAAAGAAAUAAUCUCUCAUCCUCUGAAUAUGGUUCGAAUUACCAUCAUCAUCACCGCCAUGCUUGCCGUCUUCUUAAAAGCGGCUUCGGCUCAGGUAUCCCAAUCCUCUGUUACAGUGUCGCCGCCUGAAGCUAGAUCUGCAUCAUCUUCUUCGUUCUCCGCCUGAAGCUAGAUCCGCAUCAUCUUCUCCGAUCUCCUCCUGAAGCUAGAUCCACAUCAUCUUCUCCGAUCUCCGCCGUCGUGAUCGGAAGUUCCCUCCUACUAUCUAUUUCAUUCCUACUCAGCUACUUUGGAUGUGCUGUAUGACUUGGAUUAUUUUGUUAAGGAAGUUAAAAGCUAUUGAUCAGGUCAAGCCUUGGCUUUGGUUUACUACAUUUCAAGAUUUGGUCCAGAGCAGGUUUAGGUCAGGAUUUUGGUUCCUAUUUUUAAAUAGCCAACAUGGCGUGAAGACAUAUGUGAAAAAAGCUCUAAUUGGGAUUGGGAUUUCAAUGUCUAGCUAUUGCAAUACUAAGGAUCUGAUGUGGAUGACCUUGGUUGAUAUUGUUGAUGUUAUGGACUUACGUGUGGUUCAAAUGACAUCUUGGAGUUUAUGUAGCUAUGGAUGUUGCUCGUUUCAAAUUAUAUAGCUGCAGAAGGAACUUGCUACUUUUCUGAUUUUCAUAUGUUAUCUUAUACUUUGGGCUCAAGUAACUUUCUUGUUUCUGUCAUUUUUUUGUAUAAGAAUUUCUUGUGUCAUUGAAGAAGGCUUUGUUUAUGGA